ACUGAGAUCGAGACAGCACCUGGUCCGUUUCUAGAGGCAAUUACAUCUUUUAACGGAAACUUUUAUGCCAUUGAUCCUGCCGGAGUAACCAAGGUGGUAAAGCCAACUCUAGAAGUGAAUUCUUUUCAACCGUCGAGGCCUUGCGAUAAGACGAGAAAACGUUGGCUUUUCAAGUCGGAGGACAAACUCCUACUAGUAGAGAUGUGCACCAAUAAACGAAAGGAAUAUCUCAGACAAAAACUCCUAGCAGAAAUGGGAUGGUUCGAGGUUUCAGAGUUAAACAAGGAGAGAAAUGAUUGGAUUCAAGUGGAAGAUCUGGGUGGUCGCGUCUUGUUUGGGAUUACCAUUGCUCUUUUUCUUGCUUGCUUAAUCAGAUUCCGGGUUUCAGACCCAACUCUAUAA